AUGCAGCGGGAAAGUGUACGACGAGGAUUCGGUAUCUCUCACCAGAAAGUCGUUCUGCAAGUAGACAUCGGCAAGAAGACUGCCCAUGGAUACACGGAACUGACUGUUGUUCCCCUAUCGCGGGACCUGCGGACUCUUCACUUGCACGCACGAUGCGACGUUCACAACGUGAGCGUGUGCGUCGCUCCAGGCUCCGAGUCAAUUCAAGCAGACUUUGUGCACACCGAUCCAACUCAAGCAGUCACCGUAUCCGACACGACCGACGUCCAUCUUCAUCCAGAAUUGAAACGCAAAUUGUUUGCUGCAGGGGCAGAGGCAGACGAGGGAGAGCUCUCGAUAGCAAUACCCCCAAGCUUUUCCCUUCAUCCAUCAAAUGCACCGGUAGACGUGCAGGUCUCGUCCGAUCGUCCCGACAUCCCACCGUUUGUACUCGUAAUCGAGUAUUCAAUACACGAUCCAGCACAUGGGCUGGAAUUUGUGCUCCCUAGCGAGUCGCAUCCCAAUUUCGUCCCUCAUGUCUUUACAUCACCCUCCACGUCGGACGCCGCUCGGUGCUGGGUUCCGUGUCUGGAUAACCUCUGGGAACGUUCUACAUGGGAACUUGUACUAAUCGCACCUCAUUCACUUGAACGUCCUCCGAGUCAACCUUCAGACGCGAUGCAACUUGACCAACCCACACCCGAGCCUGAGCCUGAGCCCGAAUUUCCGGUCGUGGCGGUAGCCAGCGCCGAGCUCACCCAAGUGAUCGUACACCCCAAUGACCCCUCCAAACGUAUUCACCUCUUUUCCCAAUCCCUUCCCACAAGCGUACAGCACAUUGGAUUCGCGAUUGGUCCAUUCAUAUCUCAUCUCGUUCCCGACCCAACAACCUCUGAUCCUACAGCAACCACCACAACGCCAACACCCAUACGGACAUACGCCCUCCCUUCUACUCCCUCCGCCACCCUCGAACUCGCUACUACUUCGGCUCCAUUUCGACCUGCCAUGUCAUUUUAUACAACUGAAUACGGUUCAUAUCCAUUUGGAACCCUUUCUGUCAUAUUUUUACCUACUGUUCCUUCCACCACAUCGUACGAUUGCGCCGGAUUGGUUCUCCUUCCCAGCACAUUACUACACAGCCCGGCCUAUAUUGAUGCUGAAUUCGACGCCCGCCUCGCUCUUGCCCACGCUCUCGCUGCGCAAUGGGCAGGCGUACACAUAAUCCCUCGUACCCCAGCGGACACUUGGCUCGUUCUCGGCCUACAAGGCUACGUAGCCGGUCUGUGUAUCCGCAAAAUGAUGGGUAACAACGAGUGGCGAUACAGGCUUAAAGUUGAUGCUGCACGGUGUGUUGCCCUCGACGACGGCUCGUUCCCGCCGAUCUCACGUCCAACUUGCGCGCGGGCAUUUGUCCGGUUAAAAGCCCCGCUUGUUCUACACACUCUCGAUCGUAUUCUUUCCGCUCACGGUGGCUUGGGCCGUGUUCUCCCAAAAAUCUUCUUGAGCGCGCUCAGUGGAGAAUUGGCACAAAAUGCCCUGGGCACGACCGCGUUUGUCCGGAUGUGCCGACGACUGGGGGGCGGGAACAGUGGGAACAGCGGUUCAGGUGGUGGAGGGGGAGGUGUGGGUGGUGAAGUAAGAGUUUGGGCACGCCAAUGGGUUUAUGGAAGUGGCUCCCCGAGGUUCUACGUGAGCGCUGGGUUCAGUCGGAAAAAAAUGGCUGUCGAGUUGGUGGUCGAACAACGAUGCCUCGCUUGGGAGCGAAACAAUCCCGUAAACGGCGCACCCGUAAACGUGGACUAUAAUCCAGUCAAAAGCUUCGAAGGGCAGAUGACGGUACGCAUCCAUGAAGCGGACGGCACCCCCUACGAACACAUUCUGGAUCUGCGAGACGGUCGAACGCGAUUUGAAGUUCCGUUCAAUACCAAAUACAAGCGUGUUCGACGAAGACGACGAGGUGAAGCACCGGUCAUACUCGAAACCGCGAAUGGCACUACGACUGCUGCAGGUGCAACGGGCGCCGAUGGAGAGCAAGAGUUAAUUGUCGGAGGAGGCGCGGUAUUUGAGUAUGGUCCAUGGGAAGACCCAGCUGCGCGGGCAGCAUGGCAUGUCGAGGAAUUUGAAGACGCUGAACCUCCACCACACACCGGUCCGAUCCCCUUUAACCCGAACUCGGGCGCCGCGGCAGGAAACGAGGAGACGGCCUAUGAAUGGAUCAGGUUGGACCCCGAGAUGAUGUGGGUUGCGCGGACCGAGUUGAAGCAGAGUGGUGUCAUGUGGGCGAGCCAGCUUGCACGAGAACGAGAUGUGGGGGCGCAAAUGGAGGCAAUAUGGGCUUUUGGAGGUGGUGGUGAAGGUUUAGGACCAGCCGCCGGGACAGGAUUAUGCGGAGGACUUGCGUACGGAACCGGGAGCCUGACGGCGGGUGCGAAUGGUCCUGGAUCAAGUGUCAGCGGAAGCGUGGUCACAUCGCCUGGGCUCUAUUCCUCCUUUGGAUCUAUAGCAUCUUCGGGAGCAGUGAGUACUGCACUGUGCCAGACGGUUCUCGUACCCGCGUACUUUUUCCGCGUCCGAUGCGCUGCUGCUCGAGCACUCGCAAGCCAAGGCGCGCCUGGAUUAUUCCAUCUCCUCAAAAUUUGGACCAAGUGGUGUUACGAGCCCGAUUCAAACAACGGGAACGGAGGAGAUGGAUUUGCACAGAGGUUUAUUCCCCGUCCCAAUGACUUUUCCGAUUUUCAAGAGUAUUUCGUGCGCAAGGCGGUUAUUACUGCUCUAUCUCAACUGAGGGACGGAACGAGCGGCACGGGAGCUUGGUUGGGUGGUGCACUCGUUCGAGGAACGAUUGUCGAUCAGUUGGUUUACAAUGAUAACAACGGGAACACAUAUGCCGACGACAUGUACAUCGCUACUUUAAUCACCGCUCUUGGAACUGCUCUUAUCCCGCCCGAUGUUUCUGAACGCAAUGAACUUGCUCAUAACCAUACUGUUGAGAUGGAGAUGGAGGAAGCCAUGCGCCGACAGAUGGAAGAGGAUGAAAACGCAGAGGUGUUGAGGCGCGCCGUGACGCAGGUGGAAAGAUACCGAGCUCGAGAUCGGCUUGUGCCCAGCAGACAUAACGUUAUUUCGAUUGCCGCAAUCCAGUGGUACUUGACGAUUAUGAUGAGUGGGCUAGUAAGCAACGACCCGCGAUUGUUCUUGGCCUAUUCUCAGGAGGCUAAUGCAAUUGGCUUGCGGACUGCAGCGAUGGAUGCUCUGCUUCUCAUGAAGUGGUGGCGAACCAAGGCACUCAUUCAAUACAUUUUCGCAGUGGUCGCUCAUGAUCCCUCGCGUGAAGUUCGCCGCCACGUCGCUCGAAGCAUAGUCACCAGUUUGGCCGUUCUCCAUGCAGUUGGCGAUGUCAGGCCCGCUGGGAGGGAUGAACCACUUCUGGUUGUUGAGGAUGACAGUGGUGCUCCCAAGGACAAGAUCAAAAAAGGCGAAGGGGAUAUGUUGGUAAAAGCGCUGAAAAAAGAAGUGGGAAGAUCGAAGCAACUUCGAGAUUCGAUUAUGCCUAUUAUGCUCGAUCCGAGUGUGGAUCACGAAGUCCGCUGGUGUAUGCUCAAGCUUGCUGACUUGAUAUAUCGCCCAGCGGAAGAGCCGCACGUCAAGAUCAAGAUUCAUAUCCCACCAACGCCAAUUUCGGAAGCCCCUCCCGCUCCUCUUCCUGUGGUCACGCCCGCCCCACUGGUACUUCCCAAGAAGCAGCUCCCGCCCUCGGGUCGCCAGACACCAACGACUUUGAAGCUGAACUUGAGCGGAACCUUACCAAAACUCAAGUUACAUUCUCCAAGAACCAGUGCCGGCCCUCUGCCGCCCCUCGUUCCACCUGUCGCGCCUUCUCCAUUGGCAUUUGAGUCUACUCCCGGAAAGAAUGGAAUACCACUUCCCGAACCGGAGCCCAAGGUAGAGCCAGAGAUAGCUCCAGCACCAACGCUUGGGCCCGUCGUUCAGCGCAAGGAGCCAACACCCCAGCCUCCGCCCCAACCAGUGGUUCGACCACGUCCCGUUAUUGCAGAACCCAAGGUUAUUACGAGACUCUCCCCUGAACAAGCGUCUAUUCCCCUUCCUCGACCCAAGAAAGUCAAACCAGCUGCUCCUGUUCACCAAGGCAUGAACAAGACGACACAUGCACACUGCAAGGCCGUCCUUAACGCCCUCCAUCGCAACCCUCAUGCGGCUGUCUUCCGGUUGCCUGUAGACCCUGUGAGGGAUAACGCACCAAACUACUUUACAGUAAUCAAACAUCCGAUGGAUCUAUCGACUAUGAAAGCCAAAUUGGACAACAAAAUAUACAAGGAUCGUGCUGAAUUUGAGGAGGACUUUAAACUGAUGAUUCAAAACGCCAAGAUAUACAAUGCGCCUUUGUCUUUUGUAUUCAAUGAAGCGAUUGCUUUGGAGAAGGCUUUUAACGACCGUUGGACCAAGAUCGAUGCCUCGGCCAGCGCUGCACAAGCACUGGAGAUGGAAAUCUCUGGACCUAUCGCCUCGUCGAGUAAACCAAGUAAACCCAUUCCGUUUAACGUCCCUGCGCCCCCAACGCCAACCAAUCCACCGGCCGGCCGUAAAUUGUCGCUUUUGGCUGGAACAAGUCCAGGAGGCCCACUCGAGACGCCUACCCGAGUCAAGGUCAAGCCAAAGAUGUUUCCUGGGAUGGAUACUACACCCCGGCCUAAGUCCAAGGAACCAGCGCCGCCUCCCGUCACCCCAUCUCCAGUUGACCAAAAGUCCAAGACACCCAAGAUCAAGCUCAUCACGCGUCCCCCAAAACCAGCACCUACCCCUCAACGAGUGGCUUCCCCAGCUCCUCCCCCUCCCCCUCCCCGGGCCCCAUCGCCACCUCCACCACCGCCUCCCCCACCUCCAGACCCCGUAUCUAACGAUGAUACACAUCUCGAUGACCUACUCCUGGAGGAGGUCCUCGCGAUUGAGACCGAGAGUGAGAUGAAGAAAGGGAAGGAAAAGGCAGCUAUCCAAGCCCCUGCUCCUACGCCCCCUCCACCAAAGCCAACUCCAAACCCAUCGUCUUCUGGGCCUCUGAAGAGCAUGAAAAUCGGCAGAACUACCUUCAAGAUUCCUCGCGCCAGUACACCCAGCGGAGCCUCUACUGAGAAGAAGUCGCGCCCUUCAACUCCGUCCGUGGAUACACAUUCAGAUCGAGAACGCACGCCAGCAGUUACAACAAAAGUUCGCGUCAUCAAAGGGCCUGAAGGGUCUUCGAAACCUGCAGUAUCAGUCACACAGAAGCGUAAAGAUCCUGGCCCCCAUGUGCACCGGGAGAAGCCUGCGCCCAGCGAUCCAUUCCUCAGUCCAUUGGGAGCUGGUCCAAAGGGCAAGGCAAAAGACGCUGCUCCCCCUGCUCCCCCACCGCCAACAGCUGCACCACCUACUCCUGCACCACCUGCGCCAAGUCCUGCAGCCUCUUCUUCUCAAAGGAUUGAUGUCAAGCGAUGUGAGCGUAUACUUGCUAGUCUCCGAAGGGCCGAAAAUGCAUUCAUCUUUGAGCGACCCGUUGACCCGAUAAAGGACGGGUGUCCAACUUAUCUCGACGAGAUUAAGCAUCCUAUGGACCUAGGGACGAUGAGCACCAAACUCCGUAAUGGCAAAUACAGAACAAUGAACGACUUCAAGUUGGACGUAGAAUUGAUUGUCUCCAAUUGCCGCGCGUUCAAUCCUCCUGGUACAUUCCCAGUACUUGCUGCGGAGGCACUCGAGGCAGUGUUUAAACGCGAAUGGAGCAAGAUUAAUACUGAACCUCGGAGAAUAUCGUCUGGAGAUCGGAGAGCUCUUGUGUCUAUGGUUGAUAAACUGUGUGAACAACCAUGUGCGGUGUGGUUCCUCGUUCCUGUGGAUCCCAUCCAACAGAACGUCCCAGACUACCAUGACAUUAUUCCCAAACGUGACGCGCGUGAUCUUUCUUUGAUCAAGUCUAACAUUGAGAGCGGCAAAUACGACUCGCUUGACGCGCUCACUGCCGAUGUUUACUUGAUGCAAGCCAACGCAGUCAAGUUCAACGGAGAGUAUUCGAAUGUUGCAGCAGAUGCGAGGACUUUUGUCACGUCUUUCGAGAAUGCACUGGCCGCCUUUAAGCGCAAGCGUAAAGGGCCAGAGGUUCACGGCAGCAGCAGCGGGACGAAGAAGCAGAAGCUGUAUUAG